GAAAGAUUUGGCUUUCAUAAAUAAAGCUUUCCUAACAUAAACGUUUUAUUGUUCGCUCUUUUUGUGUUUGCUCCUUUAAUUUCAAGUAAUUUUGUUUACUUAAGGUUUUUUUUCAUUAAAUAGCGAAAAUGUCCAAUAACGACAUCCAGUUAAAUGGUGAAAGUAUACCGAUUAGGGGUGUCAGGUAUGUGGAUGACCCAUCUCAAUAUGCCAUCUAUUUGGGUAAACGCAGACCUUCGAAGCCUGAUAUUGUCAAACAUCCAAUGGAGAUCGAAGAUUCAAAUUAUUGCUCUGAGCCUGAAGAUAUAAAUUCCCCACCAAUGUUUUUGAAAGGGCGCAAGUCACACCAAAAAACUACCUAUUGGACAAUUUCAUCGGAUUCAGAAGUGUCAGAUAGUGAAGACACACCUCUAGAAAGAAUGGUUUUUAAAAGGCGUUCAUUGAGGAUGUGCACCAUGCAAAAGAAAAAACUAGAAGACAUUAAAUUUUCCGUGAGCGAGUUUUCAGAUGAACUUAAGGAAUUGAGCAAAACUCGAAAUAAUUUUAAUAAAAAGCUUUUCGCAAAACUAACAAAGCUGAAUGAAGACCUGCUAUCUGCAGCUCCUUAAUAUAUCGACAAUAAAAUAGUUCUCAUUACUUCCAUACUUAUAUACAUUUCAUUUACAUAUUUCAUUUACAUACAUAUAUUCAUACACAAUAAAUUAACUUUUAUUUUUUAAUUAUUUCUUUACAAAA